AUGCAUUCAACAAUGCCGUCAAUCCUCCUCCUCGCAUUCACUGCGAUGCUCAUCACCUCAACCGAUGCCCACGUGGUCCUCGAGAACCCGCGGCCCUUUAAGCCGGCAGAGGACGGCCCGUCGAACCCGGUCACCCAAGCCACUUUCCCUUGCAAGGCGCCAGCUGGCACCAGGCUCCAGAUCGAUGGAGCUCCCACGGAGAUGGCUAUCGGUGAUGAUCAACUGUUAACCUUUCAGGGCAAAGCAGUCCAUGGUGGCGGAAGUUGUCAAAUCAGCCUCACAUCUGAUAUUGACCACGAGUUCCAACCCCGUAAGGACGCCCGUUUCUUCGUUAUCCACUCUAUCGAGUCUGGAUGUCCGGCAAGAAACCAAGCUGGAAAUCUCGAAGGCCCAAACACGGACAAGUACUACUUCAGGAUCCCUGCAGGCGUCGACCCCGGUAAGUACGUAUUAUCCUGGAGCUGGGUCCCACGGAUAGGGGGCGGCCCCGAGUUUUACCAGAACUGUGCACCGAUCAUUGUUUCGCCAGCAACGACGACGCAGCGUCAAACACUGUCUGAGCGGAGAGAAGUCUCGUUGGCUAAGCGCAAGGACUUCCCAGAUCUCUUCAUGGCAGACCUCGGCGAUCUGACAGGCGGUUGUACCCACACAGAAGGACUCAAGGCGCAGCUACCGAUUGCGUAUCCGAACCCAGGCGAGUCGGUCGAGAUUGGCAACCCAGGUCAAGAGUUGAUUCCACAGUCGUGCGAUGGCAAUCCUCGACUGAGGGACGGCUCAGGUUCUGAGUCGAGCACGGCUGCGUCGGCUUCUACUACGGCGCCACUUGCUACGUCCGUGUCGUCUACAACCACGGCUUCAUUGUCGGGACAGUCCACUUCAUCGUUGGAAUUGGUCGAUUCGAUGACCACAUCACUAAACUCAAUGUCUGCUCCAUCGGUGAGCUCGCAGAUGAUGUCCACACCUCCGAUUUUCACCAGCCAGGGAAGCACUACAUCUGCAGUGACUUCGGCCCCGGUAAGUUGCCAAGAAGGCCAUCUCCUGUGCGUGGAUGGAGACAAGUUCUCAACUUGCACAGGAGGCCAGUGGACUACGCCCCAGCCCUUGGCCCCCGGAACUCACUGCAUGGGUGGCGCUGGCGUUGGCCUUAACAUCAUAAACCCUUACUCCUAAGCCGUCCCACCGAGGUGAGAAACUAGUAAAUAUUAGCUAACGUAGGUUGCCC